CACACACACACACACACGUCACAACUAUUUUUUUUCUUUUUCUUUUUCUAUUUUCCACAGUUCUAGCAUCUCCCUCUACCGGGGGCUGCCAAUGUCUCGCCCAACAAUAGCGGCCGGUCCUGCGCCAGAGCUGAAAGCAUUGCCCACCUGGACAGGUGCUCCGUUGCUCCGGCCGACUAAAACUGAGACUAAAACAGCCCCACCAAAACAAUAAUUUUAUUUUUUUCUUUCCCCAAGCUGUUCCGUUCCAUCCGUUUCUCAUUUUCAAAAGGAUAGAGCACAUCACAAGACACACACGGGAGACAUUGGCCGGCCGAAACAAAUAAAAAAAUCCAUCGGAGAAGAACAAACAAAAAACUUGGCGGCUGCUGACUGAAAGAGAGAGGACAACUUUAUUAGUGUUGUUGUUGUUGUUGUUGUUUUUGGUGGUGUCAUUUCGGGAGAACGCAAAAAAGAGACAGACGGACGGCACCCCCACAACAGAUUCGUCGGCUUCUCUUUUUCUCUGCUUCAUCACCGCCGUGCGCUGCUGGACCAGCAUGUCGGAAAAGCCUUUGAACAUUUGCCCGGCUUCAUUCGUUGUUGAGUGUCGACACUUAAACUCGUCGAUCGCCUAGCGACCGCCGCCGCUUCGAAAAAUUCAUCCAACAGUUUCGAACUUUGCUCGGUUGUUUUUGUUGUUUCUCUUCCGAUUUUUUCGUGAAGUUUUUUUGUGUUCGGGAGGUGGUCGCCGUUGUCGGUUCCUUUUGCGAGGAUGGCCGCCGUCGUGCCGCCGCCAGCCGCCCACGGCCAGCCGCAACAACAUCAUCAACGACACAACAAGAUGACCGAUCUCACCGACAUGUGGCAAGACAUUGAGAGCGUUUUGCUGGAAGAAGGUCCGCCGAAUAACAGCAGCGCCAGCUCUUGUGCCACCGCCAACUCGGGAGCCCUGAGCCACCCUUCCGGCGGAGUGGACCCUCUCGGCCCGUCCGUCAGUGUCCACUACCAUCACUACCAUCCGAUCCAUCAUCCGAUUGCAGCUCAUCAUCAGAUGAGUCUAAUUCAUCCCGGAUUCCAGCCGCAGCAGCAGCAGCAGCACCAACACCACCAUCACAACAACAACCUCAACAACAACCACCACCACCACCAUCAGGGCGCGACUUGUUACGGGCCGGCCGAGUCAAUGACGGGCGAAACGUCGUCGGCCGGCUUAGCGGUCAUCAAAGACGAACCUGUCGACCUCAUCAGCCAUCAGACGGACGACACGAGUGGGUCGGGAUCGUCGUCGUCCUAUUUCGGCAAUAAUCAUCUGCAAUAUCAUCACGUCCAGCAUCCAGUCCAGCAUCAUCAUCAUCCGGGAUACUAUCCGGCGGCCUCUUCGUCGUUCCAUCACCAACAGAACCCGUCGGCGGCCGAUGGUAGCGGUGGCUAUCAGAGGUCGGCCGCGAUUUAUGGGCAGCCGGCGGGAAAUUCAAAUCACCACCAUUUGAUUCACGGCAACAAGACGGGCGGCAGUGCGUCGAUCAGCAGUCCGUCGCCGUCGCCGAACGGCAGCAGCAACAGCAACGGGAGUUACGCCGGAUUCGGCCACCAUCCUCAUCAUCCGUCGGCUUACUCCUACCACGGAUCGGUGGCCGUCCCGCUGGCCCACCACGCCAACAGUUUGCAUCAUCAGCAUCAAGGCGGCCCGGCUCAUCACCUGGCGGCCGGCAGGUUCUCCGUCCAUCACUCGCCGUUUGCUCAUCACCACCGCCAUCAGGGGCAAGGCGGGAGGGUGUCCGUCUCGACGCCACCCUGUUCGCCCCAGGUCGUUGCUCCUCUGGAGACGCUCAACUCCGCCGCUCAUCAUCACAAUCAACUCCAAUUGCAUCAGCAUCAUCAUCAUCCGCAUCUCAUCCAUCAACCCGCUCCGCAACAGCCACAGCAACCUCUGAUGCCGGCCCAAACGACCUCGGCUGGACAACAGGCCGGCCCUUCCGUCAAAGCCAAACGCGGGCGGAAGCGAUGGGGCAGGAAGAAAGUGACGACUCAUUUGUGCUCGUUUGCCGGAUGCGCCAAGACAUACACGAAAUCGUCGCACCUGAAGGCCCACCUGCGGACGCACACGGGCGAGAAGCCGUACCAGUGCUCCUGGAAGGGAUGCGGAUGGAAAUUCGCCCGCUCCGACGAGCUCACCCGCCACUACCGCAAACACACCGGCGACCGGCCCUUCCAGUGCCGACUCUGCGAACGGGCAUUCUCCAGAUCCGACCAUCUUGCCCUGCACAUGAAACGGCACAUAACGGCCUAGAAAUUUGAAAAAUGAAAAGAAGAAGAAGAAGAAGAAGAAGCCUAAUAUUUUGAUAAAAUAAUAUUUAACAUUGUUAUGUAUAAUCUUAUCUCGUCUUUCUAAUCGCAUUCAAUGUCAAACACUAAAAAGAAACAGAAUUUAA